AUGUUGAACACAGAUUGGAAAGAUCUAGCUUUGGAUGCUCAAGCAAUAUACAAUACUUCACUUCAAAAGACUUUGGAACUUUUUCCCUUUGAUGAAGAAACAUUGAAGAAGUACGAAGCCCUUCCAUCGGCUAGAGGUGACUCGGUGACAGAUUUUGGAUCUCCAGCUAAGGUUCCAAUUCAUGAGUACAAAAAAGUCUUGCCUUUGGAGGAUAAAGAGAUCACUGAGAUGGAGCCUACAGAACUCGUCAAAAAGUUAAAAAAUGGUGACUUGACAUGUGAACAGGUUUUGAAAAGCUACUUUCACGCAGCCAUUCUCGCUUCAAAGUUGGUCAAUUGCGUUUAUGAAUUCUUACCGGAAGAAAGUUUGGCCAGGGCAAAGGAACUCGAUAGUUGCAGGGAGAAAUUGUCGAACAAGCUUCCUUUAUUCGGUUUACCAGUAUCAAUUAAAGAAAUGAUCCCAUUCAAAAAUCGCUCUGUGACCCAUGGGUCCUUGUGCUAUUUGGAUAGAGUAGUUGACUACAAUGCUGACAUUGUCAAUAUUUUAUUGAAAAAUGGUGCUUUUCCGUUUGUAAGGUCUACUAAUCCUCAAUCAUUGAUGAUGUUAGAAUGUGAAUCUUUCACGCAUGGUAGAACAGUCAAUCCAUUCAACAGCGAUUUGACAUGUGGGGGAUCUUCUGGAGGUGAAGGAGCAAUUAAUGGUAUACAUGCUUCACCAAUUGGACUCGGUAGUGAUAUCGGUGGGUCAAUUAGAUGCCCCGCUGCUUUCAAUGGGAUUUAUGGUAUGAGAACCACCCUUGGAAGGCUUCCAACAGCUGAUUAUUUCUCUUGCCAAAUGGGGUCUGAAUCAAUUCUUUCUGUUACGGGCCCGUUGACUAGAUCUUUGGAUUUGUUGAAGGUAUUUAUGAAAACGAUUAUUGAUUCCAAACCUUGGCUCGUGGAUCCUACAUUAGCUGCUAUCGAGUGGAAGCCAAUUACGCAAAAGAAAUUUAGGAUUGGUAUCUUAAUGACUGAUGAGGUUGUGACUCCUCAUCCAGCGAUCACACGGGGACUUAAAGAAGUUAAAGAAAAACUUUCAAAAUUAGAUAAUGUUGAACUAGUUGAGUUUAAGCCUUACGACCAUGCAAAAGCUUGGGAGAUUAUCUCCACUUUAUAUUUCGAAGACGGAGGAAAAGACACUAAAGCAACCUUAGAGGCUACAGGAGAGCCAAUGUGCCCACAGACUGAGUGGGUACUCGGACUGGACAAUGUCAAGGAACUCGAUAUGCACGGCCAAUGGCAUUGGAAUUUGGAAAAGCAGAAGUACAGAAAAGAAUAUCUCAAGCAUUGGAAUCUGUACACUAGUGAUGAAGGUGAUAUCUUGGAUGCGGUAAUAGCUCCUGUGUUCCCUUCUCCCGCUGCAAAGCAUAGAACAACUCGUUAUUGGGGCUAUACUGCGCAAUGGAAUUUGCUAGACUACCCAGUUCUUGUUGCUCCUGUCUCGACAUUUGACGUAACAAUCGAUACUCCUUUGAAAAAUUACAAACCUUUGAAUGAAAUGGACGAGUACGUCUAUAAACAGUCUUUGGAUCCCGAAGCGUUCAAAUUGGCACCCAUUAAUGUCGGGAUAGUUGGUCUUAGAAAUACUGAUGAAAAGCUUAUUGAAAUAGGCCAAAUUUUAAAAGAUACUCUUUAG